UUUUUAAUAUUAUUGAAUAAUUUGUGUUAGUUUACACUAUCAAAAUGAAUCUGAUCUGAGUAAGCUUUAGUCGUAAGCCCAGCAAGAAUGAGUCAGGAAGGAUACAUACAUAGCCAGGUCACUGACCUAGACACAGCUGUUAUUGGAGAGGAACUAUAUCCUACUCCUAGCAAAAAGAGAGAGCUCAAGAAUCACAGGAAGAUACUUAAGCUUCAAGAGAAGUUUAAUACCUUAACAAGCGACUAUCUGUGUAUUAAAGAAGAUAACCAUUAUUUACGGAUGGAAGCUAAAUUUUGGAAAAAUAAAGUCGGUGAACUUCUCGCCAUGCAGAAGGUUUACCUGCUUGAGAAUAUCGCUGAUGCUGAGAUGAAAAAGAUAGCACCUGGGAGAACAGGGCAGUACGGACAGGUUAGAGAUAACAGAAAGAAGAACAAAGAUUUCCAAAAGUCUGUUGAAAUUUUAAGGCAAAAAGAGCUUAAGGAGAUCAAGCAAAAGCAAAAUUUGUUUCGAGCUAGAGAGAUUAGAUUAAGUCAGCCGGAUAGACCAAUCAAAAGCAUUUUUAAAGCUCCAAACUCUAUCAGGAAAUCUCCUUCAAAGCAUCGAGUAAGAUUUAGAGAAGAAGAUAUUGAAGAUUCUGAGAACGAGAAAAAUGAUUCAAAAUCAUCUAAAAUAAUUCCGAACCCAACUUUCCUAAUCACAAAAGCUAAACGACCAGUCACAAGGGCAAGAAUAAAAUCUCGAUCUCCAACCAAAGCUGCUCCAGUGACUAAGAAAAUUCCAAAUCCAGUAUUACCAAAGAUAUCCAAGCCAAAGGUGGUCGAUCUUCCCCAAAAAGCCACUGUGUCCACCUCAAAAAUGUCUAGUUUGAGGCCUAAAACUCAAAAUUUGCCUCCAAAAGAUGCUUAAUUUUCUAACUAAUUUCUGUAAAAAUCCAG